AUGAGUGACAAGCAUCUUGAUGUUGCCUUGUGGAAGAUUUUACAAGAGAUUAUCCAAAAAGAAGACAGCAAAAAUGUUGCUGUAACUGCAACAACGGGAAUGGCCAGUCUCCAUCUAGGAUCCAAUGCAACAACCUUACACCACUGGGCCGGGAUUUUAGAUGGGAGACACUCCAUUGAAAAACUUCAAGAGUUAUUUGACAAUGACGACAGCUACUCAGAAGCCAAAAAACGGAUACAGAUCACCAAAUGCUUAAUCAUUGAUGAAAUAAGCAUGUUGUCAGCCAAAAUUUUCAACAUGGUGGAGUCUGUAUGUCGGCUUGUUAAGAAAAAUAAUCAAGCCUUCGGGGGUAUUCAGGUUUUAGUGUCUGGGGAUUUUAAGCAACUUCCUCCUGUUCCAAACUACAGAUUAGGGGAUGAAGGGAAAUACUGUUUCGAAAGUGAGAUUUUCCAGCAAACAUUUCAUCAUCAUAUUAACUUACCCAAGGUAAUGAGACAACAUGAGGAAGACUUAAUCAAAGCUGUAAAUGAGUUAUGUAACGGUUCUCCAUCAGCUGAAACACUGCAGCUGAUGAAAAGUCUUGACAGACCCCUGGACCCUGGUGAUGAUCAUACAGAAAUUGUGAGCUUUUUGGAACAAACUUUGAUGCCAGCUUUGUGA